AUGGUCCGUUCACCCGCAAUUCGUGUCGCAAGGACAGCUUCGCAGCGCUCGACCUCUUUGCUGCGAGCAAUUCAGUUCGGCCAUCCUCCCAAUUGCCCUUGUCACUCGAAUCCCAACCACCAUCAUGCUCCGGCAGUUUUCGGCGAAGCCAGAAGGCGACUGGCGACUCCCAUUGAUAGCUCGCGAUCCAAGGACUACGCGUUCGAGAUGGCCGCCAGCUCGAUCCGCUUCGGGCCUGGCUGCACAAAAGAGGUGGGCAUGGAUUUCAAAAACAUGGGCGCCAAGCGGGUCUGUGUCGUCACGGACGGCAAUGUGUCCAAGUUGGAUGCCAUGAGGCAAGUCGUUGAAGGGUUGUCCAAAGAAGGAAUUGAGUUCACCGUCUAUGACAAGUGUCGGGUCGAGCCCAAGGAUAGCUCCGUCAAAGAUGCCAUUGCCUUUGCUAAGCCGUAUCAGCCAGACGCCUUUCUGGCAGUGGGGGGAGGUUCAGUAAUUGACACGGCGAAAUUGAUGAACCUAUACACUUGCUUCCCAGAUGCCGACUUCCUUGAUUUUGUCAAUGCUCCUCUCGGUAAGGGAUUGCCAAUCACGAAGCCGCUAAAGCCGCUGGUGGCUGUCCCGACCACCGCUGGAACAGGGUCAGAGACGACGGGAACAGCCAUCUUCGAUCUAGUCGAGAAGCGGGCGAAGACUGGUAUUGCCCACCGGAAUCUGAAGCCUACACUGGGCAUUUGUGACCCGCUCAACACUCGCACGAUGCCAUCGGCUGUUCAUGCUUCCUCGGGCUUGGAUGUGUUAUGUCACUCACUGGAAUCCUGGACGGCCAUUCCCUACCACGAGAGAUCUCCGAGACCAACGAAUCCGAUCAAUCGCCCAGCCUACCAGGGCGCAAACCCCAUCUCCGAUAUUUUCUCGCUGAAGGCGCUCAAAUCGACGGUCAAAUACUUGCCUCGGGCAGCGAAGGAUCCCGAGGACUAUGAAGCUCAAAGUGAAAUGCUGCUCGCGGCAACUUUGGCCGGUGUGGGAUUCGGCAAUGCGGGUGUCCAUCUGUGUCAUGGCAUGAGUUACCCAAUCAGCGGUCAGAAUCCCGGCUAUAAACAUGCCGGUUACGUGGUUGAGACGCCCUUGAUUCCCCACGGCGUCAGUGUUGCUGUAACUGCCCCUGCUGUGUUCAAGUUCACCGGCCCAAGCAAUCCAGAGCGACAUCUGGCUGCGGCAGAAUGUUUCGGCGUGGAUGUCUCCAAUGUCAAAAAGGAAAGUGCAGGCGAGGUUUUAAGUGAAGCAUUGGCAGAGUUCCUCAUCAACUUGGGAGAUCAGCCUCGAGGCUUGAAGCCCCUGGGUUUCACGCGCGAGAGCAUUGAUGAUCUGGUGGAGGGAACAUUGCCUCAAAGGAGAGUGCUCAUGUUGGCACCCAGAUUAAGCGCAGAAGUGAACGAGGAAAGAGAGCAGCUGCGGGGUUUGUUUGAAGAAGCAUUGGAAUACUGA